UGAUGCCUGCCGCUGCCGCAAAGCAACCUGCCGUUCCCGUCAAGCCGUCAGCCUCUGAUAAGCUUACUGCCGAGUCUGGAGGAAACAGCCAGCCACUAUGCUUUAACUGCUCCAAGAGGGGCCACAUAAAGCCAAACUGCCCGUAUCCGAUGCGUCCGAAUGGGUCCUGCUUUCGGUGCUGGAAAAUGGGUCACGACCAUCAUUCAUGCACCAAUCCACGGAAAAUUUUGAAGCCGAUUGCCGACCAACCAGUUGCUGCCGUUUACGAAAACGACCUCACCGAGCUGGAAUCGUUCAAUUUUUCCAACUAGCUUUAUGAAGCAAUCGUGUGUGCCAAAUAAUUGCCAAAUUUUACGAGAGCC